AUGGGCCGUGAGUCUUCUAAAAUCGUUGGAAUAACCAGUUUUCUCGGCAUUCAGACUACCAAUAAUCAUCCUUUGAAGCAACCGUUGGAUGAAGCAAAAAUGACUGGCUCAUCGCCUGAAAUUCAUAUGAUUGGGAAAACUCACACACUUGGUCAUAGCGCUGCUGCACUUGCCCACAAACAUUCGUUACUUGUAAAUGGAUCACAUAAGCCAUGUCCUGGUCAUGCACUAAGUAGCCCGGAUUUGCUGAGUACUUGUUCGUCACCGGACCUGAUCUCUUCUGUGCUUGAACGAUACCGAUUAGCUGUAGCAGAAGCAGAACUACGAGCUGCAGUUCCGCAGCAGCAGCAACAGAUGGCGCCAUCACAUCGUGGUGUACCUCACGUUAGCGGCCUAUGGCCAACGAACAGCAGUGUGUUACCAGCAUCUCCACUAUUGAACACUGCACUACAGCCUGCAGUCAUUGAAAAUCCAAACAAAAACGAUUUUGGAAAAGCAGUAGCUAAUUCACCGAAAAAAUUUGCCGUAACAGAAAUCCAAGAUGCACAACGGGACAAUGAAGUGCAGAAUCUCAAUAAUCGGCUCAACAAAGAGCCAAUAAGGCUAAAAGGGCGCAGAAAAUCACCAUCAGGAACUCAUGGCCAGCAAGCUCAUCAUCGGCCACCGGUGCCAAAAAUGAAAGGUUCAGGCCAUCAAAACAAUUCAUACUUAGCUCAAGCCGGACACAUCUAUUACCCACAAUCAUCACCAUUCGCUAUGAUAUACGGUGGCUUCCGGCAGCCAAAAAAUGAUCCAGCAGUGCCAGAUGAGCGUCCUAGCUUAAGGGCUCUGGUAUGUAAUGAUGGGCCGAAAAUAGCGUCACAGCACCCGGUACAUCAUCCCUACGAGGUAAUUUUUCCUUUUUGUGCGUUUUUGCUGCGUAGCUCUAUAACGUUGCCACAGCCAGCAAAAACGCAUAUUGUCGAGAGGCUGUGUGUGUGUGUGUGUGUGUGUUCGAAAGCGAGUGCAUUCUGUCACCUACUUUCAUCUCAGCAUCCAGGAAGGCUGGGAGGCUGA